AUGCGGCUUGAUACGUUCUUUGUAUUAGUUCUUUUUGUAAGUUUUUUUCUUUGCUCUGUCGAUUCGUGGCGCCGUAGGCGACGCCGUAGGCGCUGUUAUCGUAAUUGUACGCCGGGAGGUUGGAGUUCAUGGACCAGUUGCACAAGAGGUUGUGGCACAGGUACACAAUAUCGCACGAGAGGCAUCGCUGUACCCGCUCGGUGCGGAGGUACCUGCAAUGUUGCUUUGACAGAAAGAAGGUACUGCAACACAUACUGUUGCCGCGUUUAUUGUGCCUGGAACUGGAAUGCUUGGAGCCCAUGCACGGGUUGUGGAAUGUCCCAACAAACGCGCACAAUGCGUAUCACUCGGUAUCCAAGUUGUGGAGGAACAUCGUGUCCGAGCCAACGAAGUCAGACGCGAAGUUGUAAUACAGGGGUGUAAGUACAAAAGAAAGCGUUAUAGUAAUAGUUGGUUAUUUAAUGGAGAGUUUCCUUGGUUUUGUUAUUUGAGUGCUUAUUCAUCUACUUCUCUUCCUGCUUUGAACUGUACCUGAAGAUCUAGUAAGUGUUACGUCAGCUAUUUACAUUUAUCUACUAAGUAUGGGCUCAGUGGCUACCAAAACAAUGUUUAUUUAUUUUUCUGGAGCGAUUUCUUUUUCUUUUUUUUUGUGCAAAAUGUUUCCUUCUCUUGACUCCACUUCAAUUUCCAGUUUCUACAGAUUCUCUUCAAGAAUUUCAAGAAUUUCAGUCAAAGCGUUGAUGUUAAUUUUAUUGAUCCAGUGAAAGAUUUUCUCGUUGAGGAAGUGAAAGAAUAGAACUUCCGCGAUAUUCUAUCCGGUCGAACUGAAACGGAAGGUCAUAAAACGUUUAUGUAAGCAAUUUUAUAGAAUUACGGAAAGUCUCAAGUCACGUUUAUACCCGCCGUAGAGCUUGACUGAGGAACCCGCUCUAACGUUUUUCUCCAAAUUGAAAAACUGGGGUUGUAAGGUUGAGAUUGUCAAGAGCUAGAUAGUGAAAGUGCGAAAUCGACAUGGACAUCGUCCAUGAUAUUAGUACGUCGGCGGAGCGCGAAGUAAAGGAUUCGCGACGCUCAGGAAUGUAUCAAAGUGGACAUUUUUGAGACAAGAUUGGGCACGCAAGUCUGUAGGCUUUCAGUUUUAUUCGGCUAUUUGACGAAGUGAGAGGCGAAUUAGUUCAGGAUAUCUCGAGACCACUUCGACUUCGUUGAUUUAUUCUUUAACUUUUUCGAGGAAGAAAGAAUUGUUACUUUGGUUUUCCCGGGUUUGAACCGACUCACCUGUGUGACCCGUCAGAUCAGAGAAGACUCUAAGUUGAGGGAUUAGCCAAUUGCGCUACAGUUCUCUCCGCCAGUGAGAUCACGUAAUAACUCUUACAUUAACGAGUUAGAAAUAACCUUAUUACGCACCAAAUAUGUUAAUGAUCAUUAUUAAGAUGCUCAGAUUUGUGGAAAGGCAACUCAUUUUCCAUUAGUAUCACUAAAAUAAGCGAGCCCUCCGAUUCUCGGGUCCGCUUUGGCAGUUUCCACGCUGAAACUCUUGAUUAACAUUAUUUUCUUUUUUAAUAAUUGACAAAAACCGCAGAGAAUCACUUACACCUUGACAUUCCACUACCAUUAAUCCUCGGCAAUUCAGCGAUUACAUACUGACACGCUUGUUAACCAACUUUCGUAAACCCGUAACCACAUUGCUUUUAGUUUUCGUCCAUAUUUCAAAAGAAAUAGACCAAAUAUUACAUCGCCAUGAACGUCAGUUAAUACCAUGAUAAAGACUUUUGAAAAGGCAUGAACACUUGUACUCUUUCAUAUUAAGCUUUGGCAUAGAUAGGUUUUGCCACAGCACGUACGUUGGAAGUAGGUCACGAUAUUUUCAACGGUUAUGCUUAGUCAGGUUUUUGUUACAAACUAGCAGUCUUUCAUUCAGAAAAAAUCAGGGGAAAAGAAAUAAACAUAACUCGGAAAUACGUAAUUGAAAAAACCACCAACAUAACAUACAUUUGAAUCCAAGCCUUGUAAAUGGUUACAAAUUGUGGUAAGCUUUGCAAAAAGUCGGGACAUUCCCCCGCCCAGUAUUGUCAUCCGUUCCCUGGUAGAUUUGGGUUGGCUUCUUUAUUACUUCCGUGUCCUUAGAGAUAUCGAUUCGGUCAAAAUUUAUCUGAGGCCAAGGCAAGUGCCAAAUUAUUUAAAAUGCGGUCCUAGCCCCAAGAACCCGCAAAUGAUUAUGACGAUAACACGGAGAAACAAAACAAAGCACGCGACAUUUUGAUCUUGUCGGGAAUAGUCGGGAACUUUGCGCAAGGGAUCCCACGGGCAUGAAUUACCUAAGGGCUGUUGAAUUAACCCCUGUUCCUAAUGUUGUCAGACUGGGAAAGGGGAAAACUGGUACUGGAUCUUAACAAGAUUAUUUUUAUUUUUGACCGUUCUGUAGAAAAAUUUGAUAAACAACAAGUAACUUUAUUCAUUUAUGACGUUGGUGAGCAAUCAACAAAAACUUUUUACCUUUUUUUAACGAAAGUGCCUUUUAUUGUAUUAUAAUAACAGACAGCCCAAGCAUACUAUGUGUGGAUUCGGGUCAAUAUUCCAACUUCCAUCUUCUCCCCAAUUUGUUGGUGAUGAGUACGCCACGCGCCUUCUAUAUGGCGGUCACAACAACUAGUGACGAAGAUUAUCACGAAAAUUUAUAUCUUUGAAAAAAUAAUGAACGUUUAAUUGCUUUCUUGGCUUAUAUUAUCGUGCGGAAAUGAAUGUAAGUGGGUUGACUGUGACCCCGUUACGUCAUGUGCUAGGUUUGCGUCUGAAAAAAAGAGUUUUCUCGUGUGUGUAGGCGAUGUCGUAAUACUGCUGCGUUCAUUGUGAACAAGAAAACAUGAGUCAUAUAGGUCAUCUUAUGGGCCAUGGGGUUUGUUUUGAAAUUUAAUAUGUGACAUUACAUUCCUACUAUUUUACAGGUACUGUACAAAUACCUCGAUCUCUGAAGAAUUAUACCAAAUUGAAGGGGUUUUAUAAAUUGAUAGUAGGGCUGUCUCUGGAACAAAGAAAUUAAACCGCGCUCUAACUAAGACGCGAAUUCAACGUUUCGUAAAUUUUAAUCGAAGUACUAGUAAAGCUGCAAUAAAUGAUCAUAAAUGGUGCUGGCCAUAUAUGGUGAUAUUGCCGUAUUUGAAUGAAUGAAUGAAGAGUCGUGGAUGAGAGGACAAUAGACGUACCCUCUUACAAUACAUUUUUUUAACAUGUGAACAGUAAGCUCGGACGUCAGCAUACAAAGGCGCCACUGGCAGCCGCUCUGAGUCCAUUUAUGAGCUUACUGUACCCACUCAACCUACGAUGUGAAUGAUGUGAUGUGUGAAGGUUGACCACACUACCGGGGUCUACGUCCCCUACUCUUUUCGAACAGUGGUGUGGGUUCUUUCACGUCCCACAAGAACCAGAUAAGUGCAAUUGCUGUGAGACGGGACCUACGGUUUUUCGUCCUUAUCCGAGAAGACUAGAAUGUCUAACCAUUUGCCGAUGUCAUAACAAAAGCAGUAUUUUCUUCUCAGUUAUUUAAAGACCCUGAGUGUUGGUCCGGCCGGGGUUCGAACCCGUGACCUCCCGCUCAGCAGACCGGCGCUCUCCCAACAGAGCCAACUAGGCGGCGGUUUAUACCAGAAGACGUCUUAGACGUCCAGACGCAUUAAACGUCUGACUGUUAAGUGUGACAAGUAUAAAUACGGGACGCCCUUAACUUUGAGGCUAAAAAAAGCAAGAGACUGGAAACUAAUAACAUCAACCACAAACGCCUUCGCGCCUCUUCGCGCCAAAAUAUGAAUCGCUGUUAUGGAUGUAAGGCGCAAUGGACCCUUCGUUGUAAUUCUUAACGUCGACGGGAAAAAGAAGAUAUAGAGAUAGAAGUUUAUAAGGAAUAGAAAGAGGUCAAGGCAACUGUUUUUGCAACAGGAGGACGAAGAUUUGGAAAUGGCAGAAGCACUUGCAUUGGGCGGUGUGUUGUUGAGCAAGAAGCCCAGGGUCGCUCCAUCUUCUCCACUUUCUUCAUCAUCGGUCUCUGUCUUCAGACAGCAUGUCACUUCCUUUGGUAGCGAUGUUUAGUUCAGCGUGAGUCUCGGAAAAGAUUGGAUCCAGAAUUUUGAACCAUUCGGGGUUCAUUUACCGUUGACUUGCCACUGUCUACCUUUAUUAUGUCCGUUAUUUUAACCCACUGAUCCUUCAUCCAUUUGUGUUUCACCCUCAGCUUCGGAAUGGGUGUGUUUAUCGGUCCGUUGCUUUCCUUUCUUUGGCAGAUCUUCCUCUUUAUCCUUCCCCUCGAGUAGCCGAGCAUCCAGCUCUUUCUUAACUUGUUCAAAUAUAUGUAUAUUGGCAGACUUCUUCAGAGCCAAAGUUUCUAAAGUGAGGGCAAAUUCACUUUUGUCGUCUGCUAGCACAAUGGCGAAUUGCUUCAAUCAAGAGACUAUAAAGGGGACAGAGAGGGCAUCCCCCAUAUGCACCCUAUUCCAUAGGUAAUUCAUCUCGAGUCAUUUUUAGAAUCGGGAUAAAGUUACCUCGCCCGAGGGGUGGAUGUUUCGUGGAGGUUUCGCACGACCAAACGCCGUGCAAAACAUGUCGGGCGAGAGGCAAUGAAAGCGUAAAAAGAUCGAGAGCAUUCCGGAAUAUUGAAGCGAAAUGAGUCGGCGCUCACCUGGGAAAAAGGAAUCGCUGGACUCUUUGACAACCCGUGAAAUCAGUUUAACUCGAAGUUGUCGUACCUCAGUGCUUUAAGAAAAUGAGAAAUUUCGCCGGUCUAUUGAAACCGGUCGUUUGUGCAAUUUAGGGAGACGACGCGGACGACAACUAGAACGUCAAAAAAACAAUAGGUUUAAUUAGCAAAACAACAACUUCGCACGUGCAACACACCUUUUUGUUCAUUUCCUUCCCGUUUUUGCACGACUACGACGUGAAAAUGCCUAAUUUCGCGUUUUAUGGAGGACGUAAAUAAGCAACGACGAAAUUUAUUUCUCUUUCUGAGCUUGAAUAUGGUCCCUUGAAAUUCAGCUUUAGGAGGGUUCGCCUACAAUUGACAAAGUAAGUGGGUAGGAAUAAUCGCUAUAAAGACUGAAAAAAAUAAACAUCAAACCAGAAAUUGCUCUCUUCAAACUGUAAAUUAUAAAUGAUCCUGAGAGAAUGUUCAGUGUGUUAAGGAUUUCCCUGCUCUACUGUUAGCUCUAUACAAGAGAGGAAGGGCGAUUCUUUUUUAAUUUCGGUUUCGCUGACACAGCUUUCGCAGAAAUCUCGCUGUAGUCGUUUUCGUCGACAAAAGGAAUAGCAAAAUCGCUCUCCGCGUCUUCCCCCAUUUUGUUCUGCGUCAUUUCGUGAAGGACGCGUGGCUCUCAGCGUGGGUCAUCCACGCGGAACACAUUCGCGCUAUGUGAUUGGCCGUUGUCUAAUCCCCCUUGAGAUAUGUGGUGUUAAAAAUAACUCGAGACGAAUUACCUAUGGAAUAGGGUAUAUAUGCGGGAUGCCCUCUCUGUCCCUUUAUAGUCUCUUGCUUCAAUACAAUACUUUAUUUCAAAAUAGCAAGCAUUGUUACAAACAAGCGCAGUCAUAAAGAAAAAGGAAACCCAGAGGUCAACCCUAUAUUAACGAUCUCCUAAAAGAACAUAGAAACAUGUAUAUAAAUAUAGCAAUAAAAAUAUGUACAACUGUGAAAGGUUUGAACCCAUUUCAAAAGUAGGUUGAGUUUGAUCGCCCGGGUGAACGUAGUCCUGAAUAGGACUGUUGUUGUUGACAGUGAUGUACAUUAUAUAAAAGCAAGUUAAUAAAAAUAUAUGAAAAUCAAAGAAACAUCUUUAACAAAGUAUGGAAUGUACAUUCAAUAAAUAUUCAUGUGAUUUUUCAAUCUUAGUUUAAACUUGUUGAUGUUUGGACUGUCGUGACAAUUGAUUACGUUACUUGAAAGAUCGCUCCAAAACUUGAUUAUCUUAACAAAGAAGGAAUAUUUAAUACAGUUUAAUUUUGCGAGUUUGGUUUCUAUCUUAUAUUGAUGGUUGGAUCUCGUCUUAGUGCUCUUGCACAAAAUGGCUCGAUAUCUGUCCAUUUUCUCUCUCUAACCUCGGGCCGUCUCUUCCCUUUCCUUGCGGCAGCCAUUUUCUUUCCUUGGAGCCUCGAUUGCAUGCAACGUUUUAGCACUUAAGUGCGUGCCGUUUUUAUAGUAGACGUCUUAAACGUCUGAGACGACUAAUUCAUCUGUUAAGUGCGUCGAUCGGACGCUUUACUUCAGACGCUUUAUUCGUGUGACGUUUAGUGCGUCUGCCGUAUUUAUACUGGACGUCGAAGUCGUCUAAGACGUCCUAAACGUCUCAGACGUCUUAGACGUCCUCUAGUGUAAAUACGGCCAUUGUCUCUGUCACGCAAAAAGCUAGUUUCAAACUUUUUUUCUCGAUUACAAUCAAGUUCUGAUACAGAGAUGGGUAUUUGCUUCAAUUACACUCUACAUCAAUGGAUUUGGCUCCACCAGUAAAACCUCACUUAUUUUUUUAAUGCUCUCAACCACCAAAUAUAGCCCAAGGUUGUUAGGAAGACUACACUGACCGCGUCGUAUGAAAGACGCCUAUGGCGUACAUAAUUUGGACCCCUCAGAUAAAUACAGAGAUAAAUACAGUAAAAGUAUCAGAAAGACAAACAAACACGCAAUUAAAUUUUUCGGUUCCGUUAUACCUUGGUUUAUUUUUUUCAGUAGAGUACCUGCUUCGUGGCUAACCGCUUUACAUUGAGGCUCGAUUGAUUUGGAAGGUAAAAAACAGGUGCAAACUCAAAGAAGGAGAGUGAUUUCCGUCACGAAUUUCACACGAAGAUUAGCCGAAAACCCUCAUUGGAUUACCGAGACUUACGUGCUAUUUUUUUUUUUUUAAUGUUUUCCAGUACUUUUUACUAGCUUUUUGUUUUUAAUUUUGUUGCUUUAAUUUCUAAAUUUCCAGAUGCUGCCCGGUGAAUUGUGUUGUCGGUUCGUGGUCUGGGUGGGGAUCUUGCAACGCGCGUUGCGAAAGUAAUGGUCAACAGACGCGUAGCCGCAGGGUAACAACUGCGGCUUCCUGCAGCGGUACUCCCUGUCCAACACUGAAACAAACAAAGUCUUGCCGAGGGCCCUGUUGUCGAAGAGAUUGUCAGGUACACUCAGUUCACAGAUGAUAAAUUAAUUCAUUUAAGUUCAUUCUAAGUCAUCUAAUGUUAUUUUUAAACUAAAAGUAAUUCAGCACAUUAACAUCUACUGUCCAAAAACCUCGUCGAGGAAGUCGAACCCCGUUACGCGCGUACCGCUUACGUAAUGCACACUCCCAACACACUUAGACUCGCCCCGGCCAGAAGGAAAAAAAAAGAGCUAUCAAAAAAAUUUCAUCAACUUUUUUUUCUUCAAUCGACUUCUUAUUAAUAAUGUUUCUGCAGCAGCUCUUUUUCACGGUGGCCAUAUUGUUAUGUGCAUUGGUAGAUGUACAGUGCAAAACCAGCGAUUCACAAUGCAGUGGAAUUUCUGUUCAGGGGACACCAUGGGGACCCGUCGAGGCGUCCCCUAAAUAGAGGCUGGGCUGAGGUUUGUUAAUGAUUAACCAACGAGUACAACAUAAUAAAAUCGUCAUUAACUUAUCUGUGUGAGAUUUUAUGUUGAAUUUACGCAAGUGCAGUAAAAUUGUCUGAAGUGAGAUAGUUCAGUUUAUGAAAGUUUCGAUAAUUGUGAUUAGUGUACACUCAUUAUUAUAAAAGAUAUCAAGCCUCUCUGUGAUCAGAUACUCUUUUAGUUCCGGCUGAGGUGUUCCCUGAAUGGAGGUUAAACCCAGGUUUCGGGACCCAGAAAUAGUGUCCCUUCAAUACAAGUGUCCCAAAGGAGUGGUUCAACUGUAUUGCUUUUAUGUUUCUUUCUUUUUUUUUUUUUCAUUCAGGUUAGCAGUUGGUCAGUUUGGGGGUCAUGUUCUGCACCUCCAAGCAGUUGCAGCACGAACAGUGGUACAAGAAGUAGAGGAAGAAGAGUGACUUCAUAUCCCAGCUGUGGAGGAUCAUCGUGUCCUACAUUAACCCAAAAAUCUCAAUGUACACCUGUUCCAAUACCUUGCAAGGUUAUUCUUAUUAUUUGCUGCUUGUUUGUCAAGUGUUUUUUGUACACUUGUCAUAAUCUUUAACAUGAAUCGUCAUCUUCAAAAUCAUCACCAGGGAGCUUUAGCAACGACUACAGGUCAUCGAAAACUAUUGAAAUGAAUUGGCGUUUUUGCAAUAAACCAAACUGAAAGUUUACUGCACGAUUAGAAUUGUUGUUGUGCUUUUUAAACUAGUUGCUUUUUUGGCGUUCUCUUUGGCGUCGCCGCCGUCGUUGCUAAAGCACCCUAAUGUCGAUAUCAAAACGAGAAUUAACCUGCAUAUUGCCACUCUCAUCAUUAACCUCAACAGUAUCAGUGAGAACAUCAGCUUCUGCCCACAGUCACUAUCACCACCAUCAUCAUCCUCAGUAUCAUCAUAAACAAAAAUAGUCUAUAAUCGCUAAGAUCGCACGAAAAGUCAGUGCAAUCGAGCACAUUGAGAUGUCAUUUUGUCUCAGCGUUGGAUUACUAUGAAUUCUGUUAAUUGCUUGCUUUCUCAAUAAAAUUUUCAAAGUCAUAAAUUCACAUCGUCAUUAACUCAUAGAGGAAUAUUCCGAAUGUAAUUACCCAUUUUCACUGGCUAAGUCAAAGCCCGCGUGAAUUCUCCCUCCGACCAUAAUAGUCUUCAUUACACAACGUGCUAUGAUUUUUAAUUCAUUAUUUAGAUGAAUGCGUGGAGCAAGUGGAGUGCGUGUUCCCCAAACAAUGCCAAAUGCGGAGCUGGAACUCAGUAUCAGACACGUACUGUAGCUACCCAGCCAUAUUGCAGUCCCGCGUGUCCCGCCACGCGACAGACACGCUCGUGCACGCACAGUUGCUGCCCGAGGGACUGCGCUGUGUCGUCUUGGGGUUCGUGGAGUGCGUGUUCUAACAUCUGUGGAACAGGUGGGUCAUAGAGGGCCUUUUUUUGUACUGAUAUCUCCUGAUGAAGACCUGUAUUUAGACAUUACCGUCGCCUGUCAAUAGGCCCUUCCCUAUGGGUUCAGGGGAGAUAAAUGGGGCAGAAGGAAAACUGCUGAAAGGGUGCUCUUUCACUGUACGCCUUACUCUUGAGCCUGUUAAUUCACACGCUAAAUUUACAGCUACACCUGUAUUAAGUGGUUUCCCUCGGGGAUGGCCAACUGGCAGCUUGAUUCAUGCUUAACCAACUAAACAGAAAUCAAGAAAGGGAGAUAAUGGCAAGGAGAAGUAUCCGGAGAAAUACAAAAUAAACUCAAAAGAUUUUCUAUCUCGUUGUGGCAAAAAGAAGCGACUGGAUUUUCGAGCUCUAAAGGGUAUCACACACAAAUCUGUUUAGUGCGAUGUCAUUGUACCUCUUGACAAAGUGACCGUUACAGGUGACGACAAGGACAUAAUAACCCGAUGGGACUUAAGAAAAUGUCUGGAAAAAAGUGUGAAGAGCUUGUUCAUGUCGAGAACCAAUAAAUGAGCCUUUGUUCACAUUUUAUUUUUAUAUAUAUAUCCAUCAUUUUGAAUUUCAAGAAGUAAAAAAAAAUAGAUAAAAUCAUUAAAUAAAAAAAUAAAAAACAACAAAAAAAGAUAAAUAAAUGAAUUAAUGAAUGAAUAAUGAAUGAGUGGUAAAAAGAUGAACUGUAAGUGCCGAUUCAAAAUCAUUCACGCUGGGUUGAUCUAAAAUCUUCUAUUUCAGUUACUCCAGUUUUAAGAACUACCGGCAUGUCUGAAAAGGAUUAGGUUAUUAUUAAUAAUAAAUAUGAAGAUUUUAAUCAGAUCUUAAUGGUUCGCAGGUACAAAGACAAGAACACGGCGCGUUACUGCUAAACCAUAUUGUAAUGGAAGAGCUUGUCCAGCCUUGAAAGACGCAACAAAGUGUUCGCAGUACAACAACAGCGAUUGCGCUGUGUCGUCUUGGGGCUCGUGGAGCGCGUGUUCUAACACUUGUGGAACAGGUGGGUUAUAAGAGAGCCUGUUUUUUGUACUAAUAUCUCCUGAUGAACACCUCUAUUUAGACAUAACCGUCGCCUGUGAAUAGGCCCUUCGUUAUGGGUUCAGGGGAGAUAUAAGGGGCAGAAAGCAAACUGCUGAAAGCGAGCUCUUUCACUGUAUCCGUUACUAUUGAAUCCGUAAAAUUCACAGGAUAAAUUUACAACUACACCUGUAUUAAUUGGUUUCCCUCGGGGAUGGCCAACUGGCAGCUUAAUUCCUGCUUAAUUAACCAACCAAACAGAAAUCAAGAAAGGGAGAUUGUGGCAAGGAGAAAUAUCCGUAGAAAUACAAAAUAAACUCAAAAGAUUUUCUAUCUCUUGUUGUGGCCAAAGAAACGACUGGAUUUUCGAGUAUUAAAGGGUAUCACACACAAAUCUGUGUAGUGCGAUGUCAUUGUACCUCUUGACAAAGUGACCGUUACAGGUGACGACAAGGGAAAAAAACCGAUGGGACUUAAGAAAAUGUCUGGAAAAAAGUGUGAAGAGUUUGUUUGUCAAGAACCAAUAAAUGAGCCUUUGUUUACAUUUUGUGUUUAUAUAUAUCCAUCAUUUUGAAUUUCAAAAAGUAAGAAAAAUUAGACAAAAUCAUUAAAUAAAAAAAUAGAAAACAACAAAAAAGAUAAAUAAAUGAAUUGAUAAUAAAUUAAUAAAUUGGAAAAUAAUAAAAAAACAACACACCAGGGGAAAAACAAAAUAAAAAACAUUGGUGCAGUUAGGAAUUCUAAAAAAACGUAGACAAAAAUACAAAAUGACUGAGUGGCACAAAGAUAACCUGUAAGUAUCGAUUCAAAAGCAUUCACGCUGAGUUGAUCUAAAAUCGACUAGGGUAAAGUGUCCCAUUAAUAUAAGGUUCUAUUAAAGAAAUUGGAUUUGUGCUGCUGUGACUACCAAUGUUUAUAGAACGAUUUCGAUGAAAAAAAAAAACUUUUUUACCACGGAUAAAAAUAGACUGAACAGCGCAUGUGCAAAUUUACGUUUGGUCGAAGGUACUGAAUAAUUUCAUGUUUUUGACUUUUCUAUUUCAAUUACGCCAGUUUUAGGAAGUAUCGGCAUGUCUGAACAGAAUUAAGUUAUUAUAAUAAAUAUGAAGAUUUUAAUCAGUUCUUAUUAUAAUGCUUCUCAGGUACAAAGACAAGAACACGGCGUGUUACUUCUAAACCAUAUUGUAAUGGAAGAGCUUGUCCAGCCUUGAAAGAUGCAACAAAGUGUUCGCAGUACAACAACCGCGAUUGCGUCAUGUCUUCGUGGUCAUCCUGGUCAAUUUGCAGCAAUGGCUGCGGAAGCGGGCAGUCCACCCGAACACGCCAAAUAAUAUCGCCAGCAGUAUGCCUCGGGAAGGCAUGCGGGGCUACAACCCAGAGCAGGAAGGGGUAGUGCAUCACGUACGCCUUCCGCGAAAUAUACUAAUCUUUAUUUGAGUCAUAUAAACUAGGCGCAAAUUGUCCUAAACAUUAGUAUAGGCUGAACUUAAUAACAAUUACGAAAUGCACCGUAGAUGAAGAACGUAUUAGAGGUACCACUAUUCCUUACUACUUCUAGCCGUUACCUUGUUAUCUCUGUUAAACCGUACCUCUAUUACCUUGUUGCCUUCAAUCAUGGACAAAAGUCUCCGGACACUUUAAAAAUUUGCAUUUCUGGGGCGUUUUCCAAUUCACACAGGCCCAACCCCUCCCCUCACCCCACAAACAAUGUUGGACGCGUGUAUCCAGAAUUUUUUCCGAGUUUCAACUUUGUAUAGGGCUGGGGAGGGAGAACUGCAAGAAAAUUUCAAAAAGGAUGCACAGUUUUACAAUGGAACCCAGAAUUACAGAUCUAAAAAUAUAUUGCAUUCAAAGUAGACAGACUGCAAAUUAUAGUAGUUGGUAGAAAUAUAUCUACGUGUCCCAACUGUUCAUCAGUAGGAUGCCUAAAAUGCGUGCAAUUCCACAAUGGUUUCGGCUCCAUUAAAUCCUAUACCAUCUGCAGAACAUUUUAGGAGGAGCCACCCACCAUGUGAACACAGUCGCGGAAAACACGUAGAAGUGAGGAAAAUAACGUAAAGCAAAACUAAGACGUUAUUAAACGAACUAAAUGUACACGCAACUUAAAUAAAUAAAUAGUGCACGCGCCCAAAAUUAAAUUGCGCGCGCACACGUACCAAGAUACAACUGAAAUAAAAAUCCAAGUAAUAAAUAAGCAAUGUAAGGAUACGAUGGUGCAAUUCAAGCCUGGAUUGCUAAUCUCAUCUCCCUCGGGGCUGCACCAUACUUCUCGACGAUAAGACCAUGGCGAUUGACGAAUUACAGUCCCGGGGACUUCUGUCCAUGAUUGACUGAAUCCUGGUUUUUGGGGGAAAAAAGUCAGUUUUCUCCAUUUUUCCUACCCUUUUUAGGCAUUUUAGAGACAAGUAGGUGAUCAUAUGCAAUAAUAAUGACCUUUGAAAUAAUUUUCUCAACAUAGCAAGUUUUUAUAAGACAAUUCUCUCAUUAGCCAUAUCGGGCCCAUUCCCCUAAACUGGAGCCAAGUACAGCGGAAGUUGGUUAGGCACGAAUGUAUCGAGCAUCCCGCACAGUACUCGGUCGCAAAAACACAGUGUAUUCAGGGGCACCCAACGUCAAUUUUCGGAAAAUAUCUGUUCGGAAGACAAUUUGAGAUCUGGAAUUUUCGGAACAUUGUUGUAAAAUUUCUUGCUUGCCUGCCUCUCUUUAGGAUUUUCGAACAUCUAACAAAUGGUAUAAUUGCCCAUUUUUAACGGAUUUUUGCCCUAAAAAGGUCACCUAGAAUUUUCGGGAGCCUUUUUUCUGGCUGAAAUUUUCGAAAAGGUAAGUUUUGGUCCCUAUAACUUUCGGAUCACUAGACUUUCAGCUAGAAAAUCCGAACAGAUGAAAAAUUUUUAGGGGAUAAAAAUAUACCUAUAUAUACCGUUUAAAUACUAAAAUACGUUUAACAAUGCUAUGUUUACGUCAUGUAAGUGGGUUUGAACUAUAUCCUCGUCGGGUGCCCCUGUGUAUUAUGAAUCGAUAUUCGCAAAAAUUAACUGAAACACGGCUAAGGUAUAUUUCAACAAAAUAUUGAUUGCAUUUGAAAUAAUAUGCUUCAAAGUGAAUACAAGAGUAUUCGCUCGAUUCAGUAAGGAGAAAUGAUCUUGUUCAUGAUUUUUUUCUUUCCAUUUUAAAGUAAGCACUGAGACUAGAAAGCUGAAAAUUGUGUUUUCGCUGUUAAUAAAAGCGUCAAAGGAUGUAACUACAGAUUAAUUUUCUCUCAUUAUAUCCCGUAGAUGUUAAGAUUCUAUAGAAAAGCACAUAUUAUCAAGGUUUUAGAGUGAGUACUGUUGGUGAGUACUGUCGAGCUAUGCAAACAAGAACGCUCUUAGUAGCGUGAGUCUCGCUUGCUUGGAGAUAAGAUACAAAAUAAGGAGGCGAUUAAGACUGUGUCUUAAAGUACACACGAAUGACGACGAGUGACUACGAAUGACUACGAGUGAGAAUUCACCAAAAUAUGACUUUUCUAUUAUAAUGACAUCAUUAUUACGUUAUCUUUAACCACAAAUAAAACAUUUCUAGAGUUUGAAUAAUUAAAAAAGAACUUGGAAUUUCGUUUACUUUCACCAAAGUGGGUCGGGGACAAGGAGGGACCGGAAAGAAUAGUGUAAAACCCUAAAUUCCCCCUCCUUUCCUGGCCUUUUUACGUCAUAACAUGUUACGAAAUGCUAUCGCGUUUCUUCAGGUUCCGCCAUCUUGAAAAUCCCGCUUUCCACUCGCUCGUUAGCGUUCCAGAGCAGACGACGAUCGAAUAGUAUCCCAUGAUGCAUUUUUCCAGAAGUAUCACGCAAUAUCGCAGUCAUGGCAGAUUCCAUCGUGAAAUAGGAUCGUUUUCUCGUCGGCUUUUUUCUCAUUCGAUUUCCAGUAAAAGUAAGAAAAUUACAUUUAAUAUUUCGUUAUUUGGCAUGUUUUUUCCGAUUUGAAAUGCCUUAAGAGCGAAGUUUCCACAUAGAAACAUUUAUUUUCAUGGUUUCAAUUAGUCUUCCCAUCACAAAGUGUUCAGUGACCCGCAACAAGGUCAUGAAUAUUCAAGAAUUUUAGGGAAAAAAAACACUGACUCGACAAAAUGUUAGAAAAAAUUGGGUCAACAAAAAGCUUCAAAGAAACUUUCCCGCUUGUAAAUAAACCAGGGACCACUUGCAAACAUUUUUACGUUCGACGUAAACGCUAAGCCUGGUCAAUCUCUUUGUUUCGUACGUCUGAACUUCCUUUAUGCAAAUUGGCCCAGGUAAGACACAAACAAGAAAAGAACCGCUCACAAAGUUUGGGUCGAUUCAUUUGCAACAUACGCGUAUAGCUGUUGCAUUUGCCUGUUGGAAUUUUUUAUUGUUUUCAAUCCACAAGACAAUAAAAAAUUCUAGCGGUCAAGGUCAAAUACGACAGCUAUACGCGUAUGUUGCAGAUGAAUCCGCCCACUGAAAGAGUGUCAAUAUCAAAAAUAUAUCUUUUAUGAUAUCGAGAAAAAAUCUGAGAAAUUUGUUGUUCAGAUGAAAAAGAGGAAGUUUCUCCAUGCAAACAAUUGAAAAUACAGAGACAAAUUCAACAUUACCCCAUUGGGGUGGGGCUGCUCCCAACGCACCACGAUAAGAAUAAUGAACGGUCCUCAGAAAUUCCCCCUCUCGGCCAUUACAUCUAAACAAAAAAACGUAAGAAAGUGAACUAGAGUUUGAAUUCAUAUAAUCAGAUCACUCAUCAUCAGUUAUUUCGGGAUAUCGAUAUGCCUUUUAAUUUGAAAAAUUUUCGAGAAAUGUCAUGAACGGUUCAGAAUAGUACUAAUUGCCAAGGAGCAGCCUCGCGAAGACGCGAGGCUGCAAGGCGCGGCAGCCUAACAAAGCCGUGCGCGAAAGUUCCGAGGCAGAAUGAAUCUCGAUAGUUAUGUAAGGUAAUGCAGGAGCAGAGAAUGCAUUGUUUUCGAGCGGACACUUGAUACAGAGCGGAGAAUUUAUUUAAAGGGCCAAUCCAAGAUGGCGCAUUGUCAUUGACUAACUGAAAUAUUUGAGCUUUAAACCACCAAAGACACGAUAGGCAGUCAAAUGGCUUAUUAUGGGAGCAAACAAUGUAAGAAACUCUCAAACAAGUUUAAUGGUUUCGUAUAAGCAAGCUUGAGUGCCCAGUCAUUACGUUCCACAGCCAUUUCGUCCCACACUUCUUUUCACGCAGCAAGUGCAGGAAAACCAUGUUAAAUUCAGGAGUGAAUCAAGGAAAGUCAGCGAGACUGAGUAGAGGAGGACGGAAGACUUGCUAGCUGUAUAAAUGGUUUUUAUAGUGACGUCAUCAAAUUGUAAAGUCAAAAUAGCGAGGUUUUACGUAGCCCUCAGCGGCGAUAAGUGAGGAGAAACGUCUGCCGUUCGCAGGCUAGGUUUUACGAAUUCUUAUUUACACUAGGUUGAAGAUGAACAAAAAGUAAAUCUUUGUGCAAGUUUUCAUUCCCCUAGCAUGUUUCAUUUCGAAAAUACAGCAAUUUGAACUUCCGAGUUUUCACAGUGCGUGACAUCAAACAGGAAUGCUGUCCAGUUGAAAAAAGCCUCUCCUCUUGAUUUUCAGCAGUAUACUCAUUUUAAGUAUUUCAAGAUAUGUUUAUGCACACGUAUGCUAGUUCUCGAUUGAAAAGAAAGAGCUUUUAUAGAAAAAGUGAACUCCAGAUGUUUUUGUUGAUUUCCGGCGGCCAUAUUGGUGGACCAAAACGAUCCACCAACAUAGCGUCUCCAUACAAAGCUCCAGCUGAAAGCUCUACAAAGGCGCGUGAAACGUUUCGGCCAAUAACUCAGAAACUGUGGGCCGCAAAGACCUGACACUUGGACAAAUUGUUUAUACAUUAGUCUUUUAUAACAUUUCAUUUUCUUGGCUUCUUCCACUGGACGGUUUCCAAUUUAUUUUUUCGUUGCGUGACAGUGAAAACGAUCUAUAGAGAUUGCUUAUUAAUUUUUUUAAAUUAUUGACUCAGAGGCCAUGUGGGCGAGCGGAUUAAUUGUUUAAGUAAAAUCCAACUAGUUGGUCAAAAAUAUCUUUACCUAGCAAAACGCGAUUCAGCCACCAUUGUUUUGGUUUUCAAAGCCGGCGCUUCUCGCUACUAGUGGGCUUGACAUAUAGCCUAGUAGUAGAUCAACCAAUCAGAACGUAGCAUUGUUAAUAGACCACUAGCUGGAUUUUCCUAAAUAUAGAUAUUACUUGCUUAUUUAUUGAUAUCGUUAAAAUCUAAAUGUUUACACAGUUUCUGGAGGGUCUCAAUGGGGGUAACCGUCAGCCGUCAAACAGCCUGAAAAUUUACCGUCAACAGUCAAAAAAGUAAAGGUAAUAAUUUUUUUAAUCGAAAGGAUUAGUGUAAAUAGUGCUUUGACUGAAUAGUUUUUAAGUGAAAAUAAUUGUAAAUAGGAUUUUAUAGUUAGCUUUGUUAUCAUUAAAAGAUUUGGGUUAUUAUUAUAAAAUUUUAAUGAAUAUCGAUUACUUGAAAACCUUUUACAUCAGGCUCCAAAGAGAAGACCUCUGCAAGAGAUUUUACAAUUGCUUGGUGCUGUAGCUUCUUUGCAGCGGACAAGAGGCGGCUCGGUACAAUCUUAUCAGCCUACAUAUUAAACGAAAAAUGUGGGUAAUUAUAGCACCUUAGUUAUCAUGUGUAGCACGAUUUAUUCAAGUCGGUAUAUUUCUGUUCAGUUUGUUGUGCGUUUUAAUAGCUUUUAAUAUAACAUGUCUUAAGUCAGUUCAAAUAGUUUUCCAUCACCGCUGCGAUCUUCGAUAUCUUCUUUUAAAAGCCUGUGUAGUUGUGAUUUAUGCGAUCUCAGGGGACAAUGUUUAGCCAAACAAAAGCAUGUGAUCUGAAUAUUCUUUUUUGAGAUUUUUUUUAAUAUUUAUCCUCCACCUUUUGACCGGUUCCACUGGAAUGGCAUGGCACUGUCUGGCAAAAAGUCAAAGAGCCUGUUUGAGGUAACAGGCUGCACAUCUUUCUAUAAUUGCGUGAAACCGUCUGUUAACCUUUUAUAUUUCGGAGUUUCUUGUUGUUGUUUUUUUGCGAGACUAAUUCCCUGGUCUGGAUACCGGAGAAGCAAAGACCACGAGUACCAGGGCACUGUUGUAUUGUUAAACAUCGGUUUUAUACGAUCCCUGCUAAAGACCACCCAUAGCCCAGAUUGGGAGGAGCAGAAUUUGCUCUGUUUGGUGCAUAAAUACCGUACAAAGCACUUUCAAUGCAUGGUCAAUGUGCUAUAUAACUGUCUAUAUACAUACUGAGACAUUUAUCAUUUUUGGCAGCCUCUCAUUUCAAAUCGUUUCAAAAUGCUAAAAUGGUAAAACUUGCCGGUACACACCGCGAAAUGACAAAUAAAAACGAAGUGUAGGCGUAUAGUUAUCAAAAACGUGUCAAUUGGAAAAAAAUAUAAUGUGGGUAAGAUAUCGUGCUCAGCUGGCGGUUUUCACUUUGAUGGGCUCCUGCUUGGUGCUAAAAAAACCGCCAGCUACAUAGGCUAAGGGUAAUGAUAUGAGGUACCGUAAUUCAAGAAUUACCGUGAUGUUAACUUUUUGUUUUGAAUGCACAUUUGGCUGAGUAAAAUGACCGGUUUGGAAAUAAACAGAACCUAAAUAAUUCCGAUAAAAAGUACAACUUACAAAACGGAUCGAAAUCCACCCAUCACAAAUCCCAAACCAUCACCCUUUGAACCCGUUUAAGUAAACGUCUGUUUCCUUAGAGGUCCGCUAGAAAGUGCCAAGCCUUCAGAGUUUGAUUGACGUCGCAGAAAAACUUAAAUUCCAAAGACGGUGCAGGUCACGUGUUAUUAAUCCUGGGAGAUCCAGGGGCAGCCAGUCGGGCGGCGAGAAAAGGCGCGACGAAAUUUUUCAAGCACGGAAGCUUUCUUCGUGUUUUUUCACCGGGACCGACUGACUGCCCCUGGGUUUUCGAGGAUGCGUGUUAUCCGAAACAGCUGUAAACAGCAGGCUGCCGUAAAGUGAGUGCAAUACAGACUUCGUCACUCGUCAGACGAAACGGCAUGUGGAAAUCAUAAGUUUUAAAGUAGAACGUUGAACGAUAGCGAUGAACAUUAAAAAGGCCAAAACGAAGAAAAGAGGAAGGAAAAAAAAAAGAAUGAAAAUGGAAAGGGAAAAACGAAGUGUUUGUGUUCCCAUGACCCUCUGCAAGCCUGAUUGGUCUCCUUAUAGGGUUGGCAAGAGAAGCAAUAAAAGAACCCCCCUAUUGGCCGCAUUGUUGUUAGUAUAUAAGUCCCUCGCGUCGAACAAGAAGGUGGCUUUUCGAAAGCCCAGCGCUCUGUAGAGAAGUGAGAUCACUGAUCGCGAGCUUAAAAAUGACCAAUUCAAACCAAGCGGUAAGUUCCUUGGUAGUAUUUCACGUUUAUUUUUUCGGAAAUUGGGAAACAUCUGUGAAAAAUGUCAUUUUCUUCAGUCAAAGGUAUACCGUGGCGUCAUCGAAGACGUGAUCAAAAACGUGCGAGAAAGCUUUUUGAAUGAGGGCGUAGAUGAGCAAGUGCUUCAAGAACUUAAACAGGUAACGGUAUCUCUUAUAAGCCAAGGCUAAAAACAGGAAAGGUGUUGCUCACUGCUGUUCUUGCGGUCUUACUGAAUGAGAAUCUUUACUCGACAACUGACUGAAAAGGUUUCUUUAUUGGGCCUUGUUAGAAGCUUAUUUGUGCGCUCUUAUUGUGCGAAUAUAUAUACCGGUAAAACUUGUUGAAAUGUUGACCAUCGUGGCUUUUUUCUUAAACGCGUGAUUUGCAAGUCACAAACAGACCAUGUGCAACAAGUUAAUGUGAAAUUGAAAGAGUGUACGUCGUCUUGCCCAGACAAAUUUCCCUCGAGAACUGAUCUAGUACUUCUUUGUCUCGCCAUUUGACCAGUGGCUUUUUUUGUUGGAACAUUGUGAAUGUGUUGAGCCACACGAAACAUAUAAUCUUUAGCGAAGAUGAACUUAAGGUUAUCUCUUGUGCAGCGAAAUAACGACCGCAAAAAACACUACUCUAUGUAAAUUCGAUGAUCGAAAUGCGCUGAGGAUGUAGACCACUUUAAAAUCCCCGAUCGAAACUAGCGCUAUGCGAAGGACUGGGACGAACUUGCUUGAGGUUCCUGUUGCACCCAACCUAUUAGAGGUUUUGUUUUCCCAUUGCAGACCAUGUGAUGUUACCCCAGAGAAUUGUAGACUGCGUAGCUGGCAGGAUUCUUGUGUCUGGGGUACUUUUUGGCGGCCGAGCCGCCACGCUAAGCGAGUGUCAAAGCCACGGGGUAUUUUAGAACCAUUUGAUUACCCAAUAAGAAAGAGUGAUGUAAUACAAACGAGCAAACGAGCCAGGCCAAGCGUAACAAUCAAGUCACGAACAAAACAACAACUUGUUGAAAGUUAUUCAGGAUCCUGGCGGGACAUUCGGCAGUUACCCCAAACUUGAGAGACUAAAUCUUUAUUAAACGGUCAUUUAGCCGCAAUGAAAAACUUUUUGCUUCAAAAGAGGUCAAAGAAUUCCCUAAAAUGCUUCAGAGGUCAAAUUCUGUCACAGACAAAAUCUAGAGAAAAUCAAUGCUGGAAUGUACCAGAAACACAUCAGCCUCAUGACCUCUCUAUCGCCUUAAAGAUAACUUUUGCUCAGUCAAAAUGAAGAAUCCUCCACAGCAUAUUGCACCCAUUUGUCUUUUGUCUAAGGUGCAGAUUUUAAAUAAUCAAGUGCUCCUUUGAUGUUGAGCUCAGAGUUUGCACUGCGUGACAAAAGGCAUUAUUUUCUGAUGUGCUUUUGCUCUAUAGCCUAUUUACAAAAGAGAUUAGUUUCUUUUUAAAUAAAGGAUAGCAGAGGAUGCAUCUUAAAUUUUGAGAUCCAUUUCCUUCGAAAUAUGUCUUUCGAGGAUUUCUUUCAAGCGCAAAUCUUAUUGAGGAGUGGAGCCUGUUUAUAGCUUGCUAAAUGUGAUUUCAUUUCUGCAUAAAUAUCAUGCAUGCCCUAACUUUCCCUUGGGAGAUAGUAGAGAUAUCAAUUAUCAUUUGAUCGGCGUUUUAUCGCUUCUCAGCUAAUUAGAAACCCCACUAAGCCUGGCUGCAGACUAUUCAAAAUACCCAAGAAGUGUGGCAGGCAGGACUUCAAAUUGACUUGUAUACCCACCCUUCUCGUGACUCCGCCGCCAAAACAAUACCGCACUCCCACCCAGGCAGUUGUGCACGUUAAGAGAAUUGUUUCUUUUAUAUGUUGCCCUAUGCAUGUGCAUAUGCGUGCAUGACUAAUGAAAAGACUAAAGCAAAUUCCUUAGAGAAUAUCACAUUGUCUGAAUUGGGAAAACAAACUUGCAAGCUACAAAGGUGUAUUGAGAUAUAUUGGGUUAGGGUAUUCCAGAAAAAAUCCACACCCCCACGACGGAAGGCAUGCUGGAAAAUCUCACGGGAGUGGGGGUUAACAGCUCUGGAAAUCCAGAUGGGAGGGGGGCUCUGAACCUGAAAAUACAUCCUCGGGGGUAGGCUUUCAAUUUCAUCGAUGUUUCAAUCGCUUCAAUCGAUAAGUUUUCAAAAAACUGCUUGCCUUUUCAAAUUUUAUUAUUCUUUCAAAUUACAGACCUCUUACCACAUUUAUUUUAAGUUUCCAUCCAUAGGCUCGCCCUCGUUGCUUUUGUAGAAGCGAGUCGUGCGAUAACUUGAAGAUAUCAAGAAAAAUCGCAUAAUUAUUCGUAAAAAACUGCUCAGUUCAAGUAAAGGAAACAAUGAUUUUACCUUGAAUUGUACAUUCUUCCAAGGUUAAUACUAUUUCAGGGUGAUUUACCGCUAAACAGGCCUUACAAGUACAUUUUGUAAGCCUGGUUGUUCAUGAUUGUUUGGCGGCCAUUUUGAAAGGCAAGUGUUGUGGCAAGUGGUACAGCACGUCAUGUAAUAUCCUGCUAAGUGUCCUUUUUCUUUUUUUCGCAGUCGUUUUUAUCGACAAAGAAGAGAACCAUUUAUUUGAGAACAUAGUUAGCUUUGAGCUUUACUGUAGUAUAUAUUGCUGUAUAUUUUGCCUGUUCUAGAAAAAAAGAGAAGUUCACUUAAAUAUGAAAAAGUGUAAGCCUGUUUGAGAAGAUGUGAAAAUGGAAUCUUGAUGUUCCCAACAAACACAGAAUUCAUGGAAAAUUGAGACUUUUUUAAUAAAAAAGAUCAUCUAAGUGCCUAAAAGGAUUCUUCUACAUUGAGUAUUAAGUAAAAUCACAGUGUCUAACAAUUUUAUGGAAAUCCAGAUGGGGUGGGGGGGUCUUUGAACUUGGAAUUCCUGAGGGGAGGAGGGCUGAAGCAGUUUUGGAUAUCCAGGUGGAUGGGGGGGGUAAAAAAAUUGUGCCUUCCGUCGUGGGGGUGUGGAUUUUUUCUGGAAUAACCCACUGCAUGAAGCAUCAUGUUGUUUCACACAUGUGAGUUUUAAGUGGAGAACUUCAGUGUAUGCCUGGGAGAGGGUAACAAAUAAAUUUUUAAAGAAAGCAUUCAAUUGGCAGUAGUAAUAAAAGUCGGUAAUAGACAAAAAAAAGCGUCUGUCUGGUCCCAUACUAAAUAGAGAUGGGGGUUAUGAACUUUUGCCAUUUUUAAUUGUUCGUUGUCUCGUGACUAAUUCAUGUAACGACACUGUUCGUUCAUUGCUAAUGAAGACUGUUUGAUAGAGUCGAAAGCUACAAUACUUAAAAAUCUGAGACCUUUGGAGACUCGAAUUUAUUUUUCAAAUUGGCUAUACUAGCUAGUUUCAGAUACCCUGAAUCAUGUACUAGCCUUACCAUUAUUCUCAUUUUUUAUGUGCAACCUUUCAAAUGAAAUCCACUUGGAAACAGACUUCCAUCAGUCAAGUGGCUCAAACACACUUGUUCCUUUUGAUCAUUUUAAUGUUAAAAGGCGCUUUAUUAAGUGAAUAAAGUAUUAUUAUUAUUCCUAUUUGUUUUGUUUGAUCAAUCAAAAUCUACAGUGUAUUCUAAGUGAUUUUUAUUUUGAAUAACAUUUAGCAGUCAAAGUUAGGCACACGAAAAAAUAACGGAUUCCCAUUUUUGGAUAUUUUAGGGUAUUUAAAGAAUACCCACAAAAAUCCCAAAUUUGGCAAAGUGAGACAAGUCCCAACCAGGGAAUUCCCAACCAAGUUCCCUGGUUGGGACUUGUCUCACUUCCAAAUUUGGGAUUUUUGUGGGUAUUAUUUAAAUACCCUAAAAUAUCCAAAAAUGGGAAUCUGUUAUUUUUUCCUGUGCGGGUAAGUUAGCUUUCCAGUUUGUUAUUUUGUGCAGAUGAUGCAUUGUUUGUACUUUUUAUGAUUUUUCUCCUGGUUUAUGUGAUCACGUAGUUUACAUGUGAAUUAGUCAGAUCAAUAAUGUGCAACGCAUUUUGUAAUGUCAGAAUCCUUGUAGAAUAAAUUGCUGAUAAACUUGAUUGCUUGUACUGUCUUAAGAUUUGGGAAAGUAAACUUCUACAAAGUCGAGCUGUUGAUGGAAUGCCUGCAGAGGGACAGCAAACGACACGUCAACAGUAUGUGUAUCCACAUGGUCCACCCAAUCCAGGAAUGACUGCACGAGCUAUGGCUGCCUUACCAUCAGGCCAAUUAAAACAAGGUUGGUUCUUUGAAGGAUGGCCUGUUAGUUUUCUCUUUAAGUCCCAACAGUGACCAACAACAAUUUUCUCCUAACAAUAUCCAUACACUUUCAAGAGAUAAAGUUAUGAGAAUUAAUAAAAUGAUCAUCAUAGAGAAAAUUCCAUGACCUUUUAUCAAAUUCUCUCAACUAAUUCUUAAAGGAGAUGUAUGGAGAUCAGUUUGGAGAAUUUGUAUGUGGAUAUUGGGGCUUAAAGCUAAGGGUUAUACCAAGUAACUUUGGUCUGUGGUCUGUACUGUGAAUGCCAACCCAGGAAGCAUGCAAAGUUUCUCUGCAGCCUACGCUGUUAUUCCCUAGUUUUUUUUUUCAAUGGCUUUAAGAAGGAAGUUAUAUUUCUCUCACAUGGAAACUCACUGACAGGAAACUUGUCAUUACAUUCAAUUUAUUUAUGAAAAAGAGCCUUAUUUCAGACAGUGAAAGGCAAAAAUUGAUCUCUAAGUCUUGUGACGUGACACUUAAAGCAGCAUGUAAAGAAAUUCAUGCUUGAAACAGGGUGCAAAGAAAGUUGGUUUUUAUGGCUUGCCAUUCGGGCAAGUUGUUGCUAGUAUAUUGUACUAUCCCAAGAGUCUUUUAAGUAGCCCAAAAAAUCUUUUGAUGAGCAGCAUUGAUUAUAGGUCUUCUGUAAUUUGAAUUUCCGCAAAAACUUUACUUGCCCUUCGGGCAAGUUAAGAACAGGAUUCACUAGCCUGGUUGCAAAAUCCACUAACCCUAGGCUAUCGAACACGACUUUCUUUGCACGCUGGCCUGAUAGUCCUGGGUUAGUGUAUUUUGCUAUCGAGCAAGUGAAUUUUUUUGAGGAAUUCAAAGUGCAGAAGCAAUGUAGUCAAUUCUGAUCAUCAAAAUUUUUUUUAGGGGGGGGGGGGGGGUGGAGCAGUGAGAAUGACUCUGAUGAGCUAGUACACAGCAGCUACAACUUGCCUGAAUGUCAAGCUCAGUAAAACUGACAUUCUUUACACCUUGUUACAGUCAAUAACUGCUCUAGUUUCAUUCUUGUUGAUUGUGGUAUCAAUCGCCCGUGGUGUUGUCUCAAUUCUUUCUCUAGUUAAUAUUGCACCUUCCACUACUGUAAGAGUCCCAGAAGCUUUAACGGCACAACAAGCAGCUAGUGGUCAGACCACAAUAAUGUACCCUUCAACACAUGCGCAUGCCCUGGGACAGAUGGUGAGUUGUCUAUUAGAUGUAUGUAGUGUGUCAUAGUUUUAAAGAUUGAUGUAGGGGUUUUUAGUAAAAAUUGAAGAAGCCAGCAGGUUUGAAUAGAGUAACUGACAGUAGAGGGGGGGGUGGUCUGGGGUCAUGCUUCCCCAGAAAAGUUUGAAAUUUGAAAGCUCCAAAAUGCGAUUUUCAGUGUUGUGCAGAAUAAAUUGACGACAAAAGAGCGUGUUUUUCAUUCAAGAAAAUGUAGCUUUCAUUCGAUUCCUUUCGAUUUAUCAGUCACACAAUCAGUUCCUACGGGCAAUGAACAAAUGAUGAAAACUAAAUUACCUACUUUCGCACGUGAACAAAUUCUGCGUAAACCUUUAAAGAAACUUGUGAAAAAUUGACUGAAAUAUUGUGUUCAAAUGACUAAAACAUAACUAUAAAACCAGUGAAAACACAUCAUAACUACGUUUUCAUUCACAGAUUUUAUGAUAUAUUUUUUGUUUAUAACAUUAUUGAAACUAGUUGCCUCUUCUUUCUAGAAAAAAAUAGCCAACUUCUAUGUGCAAAGUAGCGGACACAUUUUGUCGGCUGUCGGUGCUUAUUGAAACCCCUGUUGAUGGUGCGGUUAUUUCAGAAAGUUUUUUAUUAACCGGUCAUAAAUUAAUGUCAAAUUGUUGUUGAUGAUCAGACUGCAGCAGCAUCAGCAGCAACAAUGGCUAUUCCAGGAAGCUUGACUCAAAUCCAACCAGGAGCCGCAUCCCAUAGUAAGUUACAGUAGCAUCCUGCUCUCGAAUCCCUGUCAAUCUUGUGUCAAUUUGUUCCACACAGACUGUUUUGUCCAGUGGUGCAAUACUCAUUAGUAGAGGAGUGGGUGAAAAAAAAAAGAAGUCAUCUGUGACUAGAAGAAAAUAGGCUGGGGACACUUGGAGUAUUUUUUGUGAGUCAGAGUAAUGUGUUAUCUACUUAAAUUUUUAAAUCAGAUAAUUAUUGUUUAACAGGUUAUCCGACAGUAAGGACAAUACAAACAACACAACAAGUAGGAAACCUUCGGCAACAAAAUUUUACUGCACAGCCUCGUGUGAUUGGAACUAAUCAACAGCAAGUUAUACGAGCAAUACAGCAGCAACCAGCCACUGCAGGAAACACGCAAGUCAUCCGUGGUGGAACUCAACCGAGUAUCAUUCAAAUGACACAGUUACAUCAAGGUGACAAACAGGUUGGUUCAAAUAUUAAUAAUAGUAAUAAAACAACUGUUGUAAGUGGCCGACUACAAUUCACUCUCUGAUAAGGGUGAUUGACAAAAUCUGAUGACGGCGUCUCCAAUUUGUUAAAUCAUGAGAUCAUGUUAACAGACCCAAUUGGACAACAUGAUGUUUUUGUUACCAAUUAACCUUAAGAAAUUUGCGAUAUUUUAGGAUAUUUCAAGGGUUUUUCCUAGAUGUAAAAAUAGAUCCUAUUCAAAAUCAUGCAUGCAAUGGCAUGUCUUAUUCAAUAAUUGGACAGGACUUGCCAUUAUUAUUACUUUUGCAUGAUGUGAAAUGCCCUGUUACAUUGUCCUAUUAAUGGUGAAAUCAGAGCAGCUGAUAGGCAAUACAUGUAGUUAUGAUUAAACAUGCACUGUACGGCUGUGCAAUAACACCAUAAAGUUACCUGUACUUUGUACAUGUACAUGUUUAGGCAUGCAGUACAGCACUAUACUUAAUUAUACUCCCCAGGACUGUUACACUGUAGGGCAUGGAAUAGUCUCCGUCAUUCUUUUAACUAUAUGCUUCUAGUGUUCAACAGUUUAAAAGUUUUUACAGCUGUACAUGCUAAUUCCUAUCAGCUGCCAUAGGAAUAUCUGUACGUCACUCUCUUUAUACACACUUCUUUAAGCAUCUUUUUUUUUCUUGUCUGAUUUUACAGGAGUAGGUGUUUUGUCUUAGUUAUAGAAAUUGUAGAGGUUUAAAGUCAAUUCGGGCCCCUUCCCUGUUUUCAUCUCCAGCCAGCCAGUGUUCAAUCUAGGCAACGUUUUGUAAACAUUGACGCAGAAUAUUUUACUCUAACGUGAAAUAAAAUUAUCGUGGAGUCAUACUGAUGCCAAAAAAAUUACCUCAAAAAUAAGUACAUGCACUUUCAAAGCUGAAGCUGACAGUAAAAGUAAGUUUUAAAAAAACAGGUGUACUUACUAUCCUAGGCCUAGAUCCAGAUAUCACCAAAAAUUGCCUAAAUAUGUUUCCAGAAAUUCCUGGUUUUUUUUUUAAACAAUUAUCUGGAAAUUUUUUCUAAAUAUCUCGAAAAAGUUCAUUUCAUAAAUAACACGACACUAUGAGUGUACACUUCGGCGUCGUGGUUGUGGAUUAAUAUUGUGAAUGCUGAGGAAUAAUUCCUCUGUAAGUAAUGAGGAACUGCAAGAAAUCAUAUUUUUUUGGAUUCCCUUCCAUACAAAUACCCUUACUUUUCUCCUUUUGUGUAAUAGACUUCUUAACUUCUUCACCGGAAGUCUGCUAGGUGCAUGACUGCAUGGCUGUAACCUAAUUUUAUUAUAAUUUCUGCUAUAAAUAAAUUGCGCACGACGAGAUCUUAGUUCCACUUCCUUUAUUUCCUCUACAACAGCACUUUCCUAUGUACAGUAAACUCCACCUACUCCAACAUCUUAACUAAAACUGCUAUUGCACAAUAUCCACACUGAGGAUAAUUCAAAGCUGCUCUUGUAUCUCAAUUUUCACUCGUAUUUUGAAGCUACUAGCACAAAUUGCUUUAAUGCUUUCUGUAAAAUAAUUUUGUAGUCAAUAUUUUUAGCCACAAUAAUUAAUAACUAAGAAUUAGAAUAAAUCAAAGAACUCUAAGAUAUAUCGAACUUAUUCCAAAGCAACUUCAGGAGAUUCGGAAGCAACAUUGGGACAUCCAAAUGCAACUUUGAAACUUUCCUGAUCUUUGCAAAUCCUUUACUUCAGGCUCCGCCGAAGUAACAAGCUGAAAGUCAUGAACUUGUGUCCCAAAACUAGUGUGUAAUUUCAUAGCUAUUUUUCAUAUGCCAAACUACCUUGGGUCAGAGGGGCGCAGUUGGCUAAUCCUUCAACUUAAGAGUCUCCUUUGAUCUGACAGGCCGCACAGGUGAGUCGGUUCAAACACUGGGCAAGCCAAAAUAAUAAUUCUUUCUUCCUCAAGUAUUUUAUAGAAUAAAUUCAAGAAAUCGAAGUGAUCCCGCGAUGUAUCUCAAACUAAUUUGGCUCUCACUUGGUCAAAAAGCUGAAUAAAACCAAAAACCUACAGACUUUGCGUGCCCAAUCUUGUCCCAAGAAAAGCAACUUUGGGACAUUCCUGAGCAUCGCGAAUCCUUUACUUUGUUCUCCGCCUAAGUAAUUCAGUGAUGUCAAAAGUAGCGGGCUGCCAGUGAAAAUUACCGCCUACUUGGUUAGUAUCGGCUGGCUCUCUGCUUGGCAUUUCUUUAUGGAUGGCAUUUUUUAAAUAAAAUAUCCCUGGAGUGGCCACUUACUUUGACAACCCAGCCAUCUACUUCAAAACUUUCUGGCAACCCCAAGAAAUGUUAUUCUUAACAGUAAAAACAAAAAAAUAACCUGUCAUCUAAAAUGGCAACACAAAUUUCAGCAAAUUUCAGGACAUUAUGUUCUUGUUCAGCAUACAACAAAACUCUAAACAAUUACCCUUAAAGUCAGCCUUAUUUACAGUACCCCUCAGCCCCCAAGAAGACAAGGGCACUGCACUUUAAUACAGGCAGAGUUCGUGAAAGACCAUUACGUGUUGGAGGUCUAAAGUGGUCUAAAAGGGACACUACUGCUGUUUGGUUUGUGCAUGGCUCAGAGGGUAUGUCAUCAGCCAUUUGGUUGAACAUCAGCCAUAUUACAUAAUUAUUAUUAUAAAUAAAGAAUAUUGCUGAAUCUGAUUACAACAGGUCCAUAUGUGGAGAUUUGUUUGAAUUUCUGUCACUGAAAUGCCAUGCCCUGAUUAACAUUGAAGUGGCUUCCUAGAAAAAACAUGAUAACAAAAUUCUAAAUAUCACAAUUUUUUCCUGAAUAUCAUGAGAUUCUAAAGAUCUCAAAAUCUUCUAAAUAUCUUGAAAUCAUAUCCGGGUAUUUGUAUCUAGGCCUAUACUAGCCUAAACUCAGUGGGUGAAAUGACUAUCAUUUCAGACUAUGUGCUUACAAGUAGUUUUUUGUGUCAGGCGUUGCACGCAUUUCCGAAAAAGACUGGAGCAUACAUUUUAACGUUCUGCGUACGAUUGAUUUAUGCUUUGUUUGUCAACUUUGUUCUUUUGUUUUUUUUCAUUGUGAAACGAAAACAAAAACUAAUUUCAUUUCUUAUGUAAAAGAGAAUGGCAGUUGAGUUGUUUGAGCAAUUUUUGUCACCUUUUAUUCAGAACCGGUCAGUCAUUUUUGAAAUAACGUAUCAGCUUUAUGAUUAUUUUAAAGGCCAAUUCAUAAAGCUGUACCACCUAUAUACAGUGCCAGCCUCUAUGUUCAUGUUAUCAGUAUUAAUUUUGACUGUUUACUGCAAUAAAGGAAUCCAAAACUGUGAAAAGCAUAAAACUGUUAUGUACUGUCCCUGGUGAUACUUUUGAUGAAGUCUGUUUUUCAAAGUUUCAAUAAUUAUACUUUGACCCAGACCAUUUUUGAAAUGCCAUGUGGGACAUAUGACCCACUUUGACUAAUUUCUAGGUUGAACACUGGUCAGCAUUUUUAACUCGUGGGUACGCGCGAGCGUACCACGAGUUAUUGCAGGGACUGAGAUAUGCAAAUGAGUCACUCACUCACUCGUAGUAGACGCACUUCGUAAUUAAUCGGGUCCGAACUCGAGAGCGCGAAGAUCUAUCGUUUCCAAAGAAGCACGCGCUCGCCGAAGUUCGGUAGCAUCAAAUUCCUCGCUGCGAACGUGCAUCGUGCGCUACAGCACGGUUAGGAUAGAGGUCUUACCAAUUAAGACAGGCAGGAAUCUUUCAAAUUAGUACGAUUCAAAAGCCUUUGACCCGUCCAGGCGUUAAACUUGACAAGAAGAUGAGCAUUUGCUCUUCGACUCCUUCAACUUCGACGCUGGCUUGAUCUCGUACCUUGUAGUACUGUAGUAGGUUAUGUGUAUGAAUGAAUUUAUGGCGGUCAGUAUAAAACACGGAAUGCGAACUACGGACUGGUGAAAUGUAUGGUAAAUAAAGGUACUUCUUCUUCUUCUUCUUCUUCUUCUUCUUCUUAAGGACUCCCCAAGAUCACGGGGGGAAAUGGAUGUGAGUUUGAGCAUUACCUUUUUAAAAUAACAGCGGAUGUCGACAUAAGAAAACAUAAGCUAAUGUUUUGCGUCCUACUUCGCGGAGGAGUUGUGUCGGCUUUGUAUCGCAUAUGUUCUUUCAUUGCUAUGAAAUGCGUUUACAUUGUUUUUUACUGUCAGUAGCCUGGUUUCAAUUAGCCUUAAUUUCAUCCCAUUCCUUCGAGUCGUUUUUAUGGCUCGUUUGUUUGCCCCGGUCGUUUGCCGGCGGAAGUUCCAUAUAAAAUGCAUUAAAUUUGAUUGUUGAUCAUGGGACUUCCUCAAUGGCGUAGUGGCUAUGUGAGGUCGGGUUUUACCGAAGGUACUGAGUUCAAAUCCUACUAUAGACUUUCUUUUUCCCUUCUUCCUUUUUUUUUUUCUUUUUUGUUUUGUCUCGUUUGCUUAUUUGUUUUGCUGUUUUUUUUGUUUUGUUUUUAAAUAUAUACUUAAAUAACUGUUACUAAAGUGCAAUUAACAGCAAGAAAAGUAUUGUCUUUCCAGAACAAGGAUAGUAUAUUUAUAAUAUGAAUUUCUAUCAUUUCCUAAAAUUCACUGUGGGAAAACCAGAGGUGAUAACCAAUUGAUUAUUUUCUAAACAACGUACCCACGAGUUGACGAUAGUCUUUCUUUGAUUUUUUUUCAUGUACAGCUAUAUGUACAGUUUGUAUGAAUUCACAUUAUCUGGUGAAAAAAAAAAAUCAAUCAAAUGUGAUUAAACAGUGGCAGAUUCAGGAAGACUAAUAUGUUAUUGUUGUUACUAGAUGUGUCACAUGUACGUGUAAUUCUUUUUUCAGCCUCCAGGAAUUCAAGUUAUUCAGGUGGAUGGAGCUAAUGAUAGUGACAGUGAAGAUGAUGAUGAUGAUGACGAAGAUGAAGAUGAUGAUGAAAAAGAUAAAGCUAAAGACAAUGGGUUGGAUGACGAGGGAGAAGUUGAAGUUAGUGUUUUUUUAAGGACACCAUUUAGUUUACUAAAGGUGGUUUCAAAUAAUAUUUGUUUGGGGCUUAAAGAUCGUGAUCAGCUACAUUGAAAUCAAGCAUGUGCCAUCUUAAAUUUACAAAUUGUAUCUUCGUGGCCUGUUACUUUACAGCAAGGAGCCUAAAAGUGUGACCUCCUUUAACUAAUUCACAUUCUUUCAUGCAGACAUUAUUUCAUCAGAAGUCAAGGACAGUUUCCAGCUGGCUUCUGAUUGGAUGAAAUCUGUAGGAAAGAAUGUGUUAACUUUGUAAGAAGGACAAAGAUUGCCUGAAUACCUCAAUAAAAUUAAUUUGUUGUGUACCAGCCAGAUUAUGUUGACAAGAAAGAACAGUAAUUUCUUUUGUCCUCAUUGGAUAGGAGAAACUAAGAACAUAAGUUGGGUAACUAAAUCUCAUUUUACAUCGCUGAUGAAGUUCAAGCAAUUUGAACAAAACAUUUGAAUUGCUUUGAAUUUUUUUGCUCUGAGUUCUGGAGUUUGUUGUUUCUAGUAAUGUUUUUAGUAUUUGUGAUAACAAAAGAAAGACUUAAGAACAGGAUUGUUUGACAAACAAAAUUUUGUCCUACAGUGUACAUUUGAAUUCCUUUAAUCAGGUACAUGUUUACUUCUGCAGGAUGAGGAUCCUCUUAAUUCAGAUGACGAUGUUUCAGAUGAUGACCCAGCGGACCUAUUUGACACUGAUAAUGUCGUUGUGUGUCAGUUUGACAAGGUGCAGAGACUUAUUCUUGUAUGGCGACGGACAGGGAGCAAAGUGAGCCAAGUGAUGGACUGGGGAGAAGAAAAGGGCAGCAAAGCCCUUCUCUGCUGCUUUCUCUCCUCAGUCCCUUGCCGGCUAGUUUUUGCUCAGUCCAUUCUCCAUUUUCCUCCUCUAAGGAGUCUGGUCCAAGGCUAUCAUAGUUAAGGACUUUAUUCACAGACUCGAAAGUUACAAGUGCGUUAUAAUGAAUGAUAAACAUGCAGUAGCACGGGAAAAACUCCUUUAAAAAUUAAUAAGUACGUUUUUAGAGACACAUAAAACUAAUUUUCAUACCAAUCAUAAAUAGAGACUAGGGUGCACACUGUAAAGGGGUAGGAUGGGCAACACUGUGACUUUGUAUGCUUGAAUUCUCUCUCAAUGAACCACUUCUGAUUUCCAAUAUCCCUCAAUGGGUCAUUUCCUUUUUCCAGCAACCCCUGCCUGUUUCUUUCUCCGAGAUAGUCGGGUCUGUGAAAUUGAGAAAGCGCCAACACAGAAAUAAAACGUGAAGAAACCGUGGAGAGGAAGGGCACCACCACAUUUCUCCUUUACCAGAUCAUGUGCUCAUAAUUUUUUUUUGAUUUUCCUUCACUUUUGCAUCAUCCCUACAGUACUAUCUAAGAGCCUGGAACAGACUAGUGAAAAUGAGGUGUAUUUGCACAAAAAUGAAAAUAGCUUUCACAACAAAGACAGCAUGUGACCUCAUUCUGAGAGAGAGGUGAGGGGCAACUCAGAAAUCGCAUGUUUACAGCAAAUAAUAAUAUCGGAAGAUGCCUGACAGCUAUGAAAACUUUCAACAUCGCAAAACAGAAAAACACGACUUCACGUAAGCCAAAACAAGUAAACGCAUCAUGAUUUUUACUAUUUGUAAGCUGUUAAAUUUCUUCAAGAAGAUAACCUUAAGAUAUGAGUCGUGGUUGACCUGCUCACUCGUACUUCUUUCCUUGUCUUUUUUUAGAUCAAUCGCAGCAGAAACAAAUGGAAAUUUUAUUUAAAAGAUGGAAUAAUGAAUCUUAGAGGAAGAGACUAUGUGUUCCAAAAGGCUACUGGCGAAGCUGAGUGGUAGCCUAGGAUUCAAGGACGAUUAAAUUAAUAUUGUAUAAAGAUAUUAAAAUCUAAAACUAAAGGAAAAAAACUAAUUUCAAGAUGCAGACGUCAUAACACAGUGUGUAAAUCAAAGCGAGAAGUCCUUGGUGAUGUACAAGUGGAUGUGGGUGAUUCAGUAUUUUACGACUGCACAGAGUUGUAACCCAGAAGUUACAGUUUCCUGAAUAAACUGGUCAGCAAGCACCGGGAAGGGAAAGGAGAGGUUGAUGCGCAUGUCCCGAUGUCGGACUUCCCCCCCUCCCCCUCCCCCUGUGCGCUUCAUACUCUCUUGUUCAUCCUUUUCACAUAGCAUCAUAUUUUUGCACCACACUCAAUCAUUUAAAGUGCCUUUUUAUGUGGACGCCUCUCCGGCGGGACGGUUAAUAUGAAAAUGGUUUAGAAUCAAACGUACAGUAGAUAUCUAAGAUACGGUCACGUGAAAACCAGUUUCCUUAAGUUCUCUGGCUAACCGUGUAUAAUUUUAGUAAAAUAAAUACAUCCUUUGUUUUUGGACAGGAGGACUAUUAUGACGUCAUCCUGUCAGGCUUCCAUCAAGGGUGACCAUUUUAACCUCCGUUUGAAUCUCACAAAAAAGUUAUGAAACCAACUAAGGAUUUCUGCCAUUUCUUUUUGUUAGACUAUUAUGACAGUAUUUUGUCACAGUUGAUGGUAUGUAAAUGUUGUGGAUAAUUUUGCAUCUCUGAACCUCAAGAAUAAAAUAGAUUUAUGCCCUUGGAAGCUAA